AUGAGACUACAAUUUCUAAUAUUUUUGCUAAUAUUUUCUUCGACUGAAACUCGAGAUUUAUUCGUGAAAAAAGCUUGCGAAUCGGAGCCGAAUUUGAUUUAUUGCCGCCCAAGUUUUCGCGCGAAAUUUGAAUUUUCCACUCCCUCCCCAGCUUCUGACCAAAAUCAAAACAUUUUCGAGAAUUGGGCAAAAAUUGUGGCACGAGAUUCAAAAGACAUCGAAGAUUUGGAGAUUGACGAGACUGGAAAACGUGGAAAACCCGAAAAUAUCGAUGAAUAUUGCUCGAAAUACGUGGCAAACUACAAAUCAUACUGUAGUCCGGGAAAAUUGGAGAUUUUGGAGGGACUUUUAGCGCAGUUUUGCACCAUUUUUCAGAAAAAUUGUGGUGUUUCUGGAAAUGGUGACGUGGAUUUUCCGACGCCAAAACCAUUUUUUGGCGCUGGAAAUGAGAAAAAAUCGAUGGUAGUUGAUUCGAUGGUGGAGAAAAUGGUGGAGAAUGAGAAUGGUGAGUUGGUGGGGUUUUGGGGUUAGAUUAUCAUAUCCACGUGAAAAAUUGUCAGAUUUUUGGAUUUUCCGAGAUACUGUAGUUUAAAGUACUGUAAUUUUUUGGUGUUUCAGAGCAAAAAAUUAGAUACAGUGAACUGGAACUUAUUGUAAUUUUACAUACAGUACCCAAAAUGUUCGUAGCGAAUGCCACGUGGCUUUGAUCUACAGGAUCUAUUGAAAUUUUGGUGUCAAAAUUUCAAAAAAGGUUUUUCAGAUGAUUUCUGCACAUCGAAAAAAUCGCAAUUCGAAUCCGAAUGUUCUCCAAAAACCGCUCUGAAAAAUCAAGAAUUUUGCGGAAAUUAUCAGAAAAUCUGUGGGAGAAUCGAGAAAGUCGAUGAGAAAACGUAAGUUUUUCAGCUUAACAAAUUAAUUCCUAACUAAGGUAGUUAAUUAGUAUUUGUAACUGAUUAAUUAGACAAUUAACCUCAAAUGAAUAUUUCAGAGAUGACGACAGUUUGGAAGAUCUGGAUCUGGAUUUAGAGGAAAAUGCGGAGCACAAAAAAGAGGAACCUGAAGGACAAGGAGCAAAAAAUGAUGAUGAGGUGCAGAAAUAUUGCACAAAUUAUGUGGAAAAUUACAAUUUCUUCUGCGCUGGCGAAAAAGUACCGGAACACGAGAAAUUCUGCGAGUCUUAUAAGAAAAAUUGUCCCGAUAGUGCACCGUGAGUUCGGGAUUUUUUUUUGAUUUUUGUUGGAGCAUGAAAUAAAGUUUUUUUGUUUUUCAAUUAGUUUUUGAAUUAAUUAAAAUGUUUUCGAUUAGCAUAAUCAUUGAAUUUAUUCAAAGUUAAAUUUCGACAACUAAAACAUAAUUGAUUUGGGCCCAAAUUUGAGUUCUUGAUCAAAAUCAAAAUCAAUCUUGGUUAAUUAAAUGAUUGAACCUAUAGAUAUGUUAAUUAGCUAUUCAGCUAAAUAACAAAUUAUUUUUCAGCUUCAAAGAAUCCGGUUCAUUUUUGGGCACCGAAAAUUCGCCCGAAACCUCAGAUUCAACAUCCUCGGAUUCUACCAAAUCCACGUAUCUCUACAAAGGCACAAAACGAGAAUAUUGUCAAAAAUUCAGUGUGAAUUAUGAAUAUUAUUGCAAGUGAGUACGAUAGUCUCACAAAAUAAAGGUACAUGUUGAACUACAAAAAAUAAUGAAAUUUCUAGAGGGACAAUUGAAAACGCGGAAAUUUAUGUGAAGUUCUGCCCGUCAUAUCGAAAAGCCUGUCCGAAUGAGUAAGUGAACAUUUUCAGAUAUUUUUUGGAAAAAAAAACAUCUGAAACUUUAGAGCGAAUCCGGAUACAAUUCCACAGAAGCCGAAAAAAUCGGAUGAUGACGAAGAGGAAUUUCCGGAUUUCGAUAAUCCGGGAAAAGGAAAAUCGAGAAAAAGUGGAGGAAAAAAAGAGAGGAAGAAGGGUUAGAAAAAAGUUGGUUAUUUUUGUUGGGAAAAAUUAUUUGGAUUUCGAAAAAUUACAGAGUUGGGCUAAGCUAGAUGAGAAUUAACGCUCAGAACUUUAGGCUUAAGCUUAACAAAACGUUCAAAAUAGGAAUCAUUAUUAUCCAAGCUUUGACCUUAGGCUUCACCCAAAUGAUAAUUCAUAAGCUUAAAGUCAUAUUUUCCAGACGAGAUUGUACGGCUGAUUGUGACCAAAGAAUAUAUAAACAUUGCACAGUAUCUUGUAAAUGUGAUUAUGCUUAUCCAGCUGUUCAGAAGUUUUGCAAUCCACCACCAUUGCCACUUUUCUUGAAUACUUGCAGGUAAACUGUUCACUUCCCCCAAAUCCCAAAUAUUUUCCACGUGUCUCAGACUUUGGUAUCACGGUUGUCCAAAAUACGAACAAUAUCACUACGCUUCUCAAUUCGUCUACUCAAAAGCCGAAAAAGGAAAAGUGCUCGAAGGUCCAAAACUUCAAACAACAUUCCAAUUAUUGACACCAAAUGGACAAGCUUUGCCAUAUAAACCAACUCGAAUAAAAAGGGAAGAAAAUAUAGAAGAAAAUGUGGUGUUUUGGCCAAUGUCUAAGGAAAAUCACGAGGAAAUUGAGGAUGAGAAGAUGGUUCUUUGGGAGAAUUCUAGAAAUUCCACUUCAAAAAUUGAGCUUGUUAAGCCUCCAGAGAUUCCGCAGCGUAAAAAAGACACUGUUGCUCUGGAAAAACCUCCGGAAAUCCCUGCAAAUUUAAUUUCGCGUAAAAAAGAUGAUGUCGAACUGGAAAAGGCGCCCAAUUUACCGCGAACCAAAAAAACUACGGGUGGACAAUCGGUUCCGGUUUUUUCGGACAGUGUUUUCUCGAAUGCAGUCAGUCAGUAUAAUACGUUGACAGAUUCAAGGGGAAUUUUGCAUCGACCGAGGAGCAGAUCACCUUUCACCAAACCGGGUGAGUGAUCAAACAGCGAAUAGAUUCUUACUAACAAAACAUACAGGAAAUCAAACCUCAUUCAAUAAAUCCUUCUCCUCUCAAUUCUCAAAAUUCUAGGUCUUUGGGAGCCGAAUCCUGACGAUCCACACAACCGAGAUCACGCCAAUAAAUACUAUUAUGCUCCGCGUUCAGUAAAUGUUGAUUGGCUUCAAGGUCAACUUGCUUGGGGUGCACAUUGGGCUGUUCCAGCGGCUGGAGUUGGAGGAACUGAUGGAUUUAGUGCAUUGCAUUUUCCAUCUAUUGGCACCUUUCUUAAUAUUCCGGAUGAUUAUGAUUAA